GUCGUUUGCUGACAACAUGUAAACUUAUGUUGACGUGAAGAAAUUUAGUAUAUUUCACACACUUGAUAAAGUUCUGUAGAGAAAGUAGUUAAAUUUUCGAAGGUUCCUGAUUCUGUUGGCUUCAUUUGAGGAGAUCAUUUUGAAGUUUUUAUACCAUGGCCAUGUGACAUUCACGAAAACCCAAUGACUGAGUACUGCACUGUAGUUGUCUGAUACGAGAUCAUGGGUUCUGGGUCCAGCAUUCAGACUGGGAAGAAUUCUUCUGCUUCUUCUCCCUCCAAAACCAGUAAAACUGGUCAAAAGGAGACGAAGUCUGACUACAUUGUUGAACCCAAAGAUGUGAUGAUUAGCUACAGCCAUGCUGAUAAAGAUAUGAUGAACAAACUCAAAGAUGCAUUAGAGAAGCAUGGAAUAUCUGUAUGGGUAGACACAAUCGGUCUCAAGGCUGGUGUAGACUUUCUCAGUAAAAUAGGGCAAGCUAUUAUUGAUGCAAAGCUUUUCAUUUCUUUGUUAAGUGAAAAGUCCAUAGCGUCUAAGUACUGCCAGGAUGAAUUGGCUCUUGCCUAUAUCUCCAAUAAACCAAUCUUCCCAUGUGGUCUCAAGACUCCAGAAGAACUUUUCCCUUUGAUGGACACAGGAAUGAAACUUCAAUUAGCAAGAUUUGAAUGGAACUUAUUCACUGAAGAAGAUGCUUUUGAAAGCAAUUUUGACAAACUUGCCAAUAAAAUGGAUGCAGAAAUAUCUAAAAUGAAUAUCGAAUCCCACGUGCCUCCAGCCGAUGAGGCAUCAUCAUCCAAGCAGGCUGAACCAUCUGAAAAGGGAGACGGAAAUCCAGAAUCUCGUCAAAUACUGAAGCGUCAAGACAGCGUACGAAUGAACCAGAGAUUUGACAAAAACAUGAUGGGAAGAUUAGAUUCCUUUGGCAUAACAGUGAAGGAGGAGGACUUUUGGAGCCAACAUUACCCAGAUCAAAACCAAGUGGAAUGGAUUGAAUUCUCAGGAAAAUUCAAGCAGGAAUACAAGAGUAACAUUGACAAGCUGUUCUCAGAGGAGGACCAGACGAGGAUGGAGAUGAUGAUGAAGCAUGAAAUGGCUGUGGAGGAAGAUGGGAUUCUUCAUGUUGAAAAGUAUAAAGAAUUCUGCACCAUAGAUAAGGAAUUGUUUUCAUUGUGGCAGCGAGUGCAGGACUAUGCCUUAGAGCACUUUGCCAUGAGAGAAGUAUUUAACAUGGAUUCUCAUGUCAGGGUGGAGGCAAUAGAAAAUUUAGGAAAAUUUAAUAGUCCAGCUGUUAGGGAAGCACUGAGGGACCUCUUAAAAGAUAGUGACCCUAAUGUCAGGGCAGUGGCGGCAAUAUCAUUGGCCAGAGCUGCUGUGAGCAGUGACAAAGUCACAGUUCAAGCGUUGAAGAAAGUACUGACAGACCAGGAUAGACUGGUGAGAGAGAGCGGGUGCCUGGCUCUGGGGCAUCUGAAAUCUCAGGGAGCAGUUGGCAAACUGGUGCAGAUGUGGCGGAAUGAUGUAAUAUCUACGGUUCGGGAUGCGGCACAGUUGGCCUUGGAACAGAUAGGUGGAGAGGAAGCCAACAAAGCCAUUCACAUGACAAAAGUGCUUGCUGAGGAAAUACAGAAGUUGACCAAAAACUGAGAAUUUGCAGCCAGUUUUCACUGUUAAUGAGAGAGAGAAGGUAAAAAAACUGUAUUUGAGGGAUACAAUUAUAUAUAAUACAUGUAAUCCAUAUAGUACAGAGUAUUCAGGGGAAUCACAAUAAUGGACCUACUAUCACCAGUAUUAUGAGAUUAUUAUUAUUUAAGAAUUUGUUUUUUUCUUUUUAGAUGAUCUGUGCUUUUGUCUGUAAACUUUCUGUUGCAUCUUUUUUAAUCACUGAUAAAACAGCAAGCUUUAAAACAAAUAAAUUCAGUAUUUCUGAGAUAAGAAUCCUUCAAAAUGAUGUUAGGUAAGCUAUAGAGAAUUGUAGGUAAGAUUAGGUAAUUAGUUAUUACAUAAUAAUACUUUUUUACAGCAAAAUUCCACUGCCAUAUCUUCUAAUGAUUUUGUUACAGUUCAUUUGGACAAUCACACAGUUUGAUUGAUCACUGAGUGUUUUAAGCUUUAUCUGAUCCCAUUUUACAGAACAACUUAUAGGUAUAUAUGCACGGCCUGUCUGAUGUUGCGAAAUGGAAACUUAUGGAAAAAACUUGAAAAUUUGGUCACUUAAAAAUUAAUUAAUAUUUUAAAUUGCGUAAAUCCGACUAAUUUUUCAAAAUUACAUUUCCCUGACGAAGUCAUGUUUUGUGAAUAGUAAUUUACUACUCUUUUUUAAAAGCUUUCGGUUUAUAUACAAAGCAUUCUAAAAUGAAUGUACAUAAAAACUUGAAUAUAAGGAAAUGCAAUAUUGCUUUUCCACAUAUUUUUAUUUAGUAUUAUUAAUGUAAACUUCAAAAUCUGUUUAUCGUUUGUGACAAUAAAAAUUUGUCCAACAUUUGUUUACAUUAAACAUGAAUAUUAUUUGUCUUGCCCUAUAGUGCAGCAUUUAUUAUGCUACUAUAGCCAACAGGUGCUUCAUUCUAGUGGCUUAAAGUCACUUUUAUGUUGUCUGAUGAUGGUCUGUUUAAAGACUAUCAGAAAUAAGGCUAAAUGUUGGAAAUCGGGAGAAACAAGUAGAUUUGCAUGUAUGUUUUUGGUAUAUAAGGUUUUAAUCUUUGUGUUGGGCAAAGUGCCUAGGCAAACUUAGAAUGCAGUUCAAAGAGCUCAUUAUUGUUAGUAGUAAAUUGCUUGCCAUAUACUGCAUGCUUCUUUAUGAAUCUCUUAUAUAUUGACUAUUUGUGAUAUUCAGUAGUUUUUAGUUUUUCUGUAAUACCAAAAAUUGUAGAUGUUUUUUCAACUUUCAUAAUUGUAAUCUGUCUGUGAUACCUUUUGGACAAUUUCUCUCAUAUUCUCAUAUUCCAUUUUGAAAAAAAUAAGUGCUUUAUACAAAAUAAAAUGAUGGUUUAUUGCCUUGUUUUGGUGUCCAUUUGUCACAAAUAUCAUGCAGUGAGUUAUAAAUGUCUGUCCAGUAAUG